AUGUGUCACGCCAGCUACGAGGUCGGCAUCUGCACCUUCUGCCACCGCGAGAAGUGGGGCAAGAGCUGGCGCUCCAAGUGCAAGCUGGCUCCCGGCUGCAACUCCUUCCACCACCAGCGCAAGGAGUACGUCGUCAUCCCCAGCCGCUGCUACACCUGCUGGUGGGGCUGGGCUGCCGCUGCUGCCGAGGGCAGAGACCCUGUCGUCGCCAUCUUCAAGUCCAAGACUGUCCCGGGCCUGGUAAAGGAGGUUGUCUGGAUGUGA